AUGCCAUUAACUGCUGAGGAACUUACGUUGGCGCGCCAAUACGACUUGACGCAGAAAUUCGUGCCGUUUUUGGACAGACACUUGGACUACCCGUUGAUUGAGUUCUUGGGCAAUGAGGCGGUGUACGACGACCAGGUGAUCAACCAGUUGAUCUAUGACUUGUUGAAGGACACUAACAUGUUCAAGUUCGUUAAGGACACGUACAAGAAGUUGAACCCGACCUCUGCUUUCCCGCAGGAGUUGUUGGACAAGGAAGAGACUUUCACGGCGGAGGCCACGCGCUUGGGCGGCGAGACUCAGGAGAUCUUAGACGUCAUCGGCAGAGACGACGUGAAGGCGCACUUUAGCGAAGACAAGUCGCAGAACUGCGAGUAUCUCGCAAAAAACUUUGGGAUUGACGCCUCCAAGAUCAACAAGUUGUACCAGUACGGGUUGUUGAAGUACAACAAGGGUGAUUACGAGACCGCCUCCGACUUGUUAUACACUUUCCGCUUGCUUUCCACCGACUCUGAAUCUCUCAUUGCCGCGACUUGGGGCUAUCUCUCGUGUCAGAUCAUCCUCUUGCAGUGGGAGAAGGCGUUGCAGGAGUUGCAGAAGUUGCGCGACAUCAUUGACUCGAGGUCUUACGCGGACCCGGCGACGCAGUUGCACCACAGAACCUGGAUCAUCCACCACUUUUUGUUCCCCUUCACCAACACCGAGACUGGUUUGGAGUUGAUGUGUGACUUGUUCUUCCAGUCGUCGUACGUGUCGACCAUCCAGGCGGCGUGUCCGUGGAUCUUGCGCUACCUCGUGGUGGCGGUAAUCUCCACCAAGAACCACAAGAGAAUGAGGGAUUUGGUCAGAAUCAUUGCCCAGGAGUCGUAUGAGUACAACGACCCGCUCACCUUACUCGUCAAGUCCAUGUACAUCGACUUUGACAUUCAAAAGGUUGAGCAGUACCUCGUCGAGUGUCAGAUCAUAAUCAAAACCGACUUCUUCCUCUCCAACUGCACAUCCUCGUCUAGCUCCUUCCUUGACAACGCCCGGGCCUUUGUCUUGGAGGUCUACCUGAAGAUCUACUCUGUCGCCGAUGUCGCCAAGGUCGCCCGUCUCUUGAAUUUAGACUCCACCGCUGAGGCCGUUGCCUUGCUCAAGACCUUCUCUGCUGCCUCCAACCACGUCUCCAUCGAGGUCGUUGGCGAGACCGCCACCAUCACCAAGACUGCUGCCAGCGUCCACCAGCAGGUUGUUGAAAAGACCAAGCACUUGUCGUACAAGUCUACCCAGUUGUUGAACGCUCAGAAGGAAAAGUCCUCGUAA